GUGGCCGCCUUUGCUGUGUCCCCAUAUCCGAACUCGACUGGACGCUUCCGCAAGUUUUUCAAUCCACUCCUUGGGGAGACGUACGAGUAUGAGCAAGAAGAUUUCAAGUAUCACGGCGAGCAGGGAUUCGUGAACACAAGCCUCCUCUUCGCCAGCCCUGAAGGAGCUCAGUAUGGUAAGCAAGCGCGUUUGGACGAAUUCUCCGAGUUGCCAGCUCCACACCGGCUCCGCGACCGCAACGCUGCAUAA